CCCAAUCCUUCGACUGCGAUAUCCCAAUCCUUCGACUGCGAUAUCCCAAUCCUUCGACUGCAUCCUGGCCGCCUCUACUUGGUCACCUUUGGGUUAGUAGAAGCAGCGGCGAGUUAGUCGUCUCAGUGUCCCCUCUGGGGACAGUGACCAGUUUCCUGGGCUCUUUGGUUCCCGCGCUGCCCUGAGUGGCCCUGCUGGGUAGUGUGGCGCAGCCUCCUAGUGUGUUGGUGGGCGCAGGCGCAGGAACGACAGACGCAUUUGCAGGGACUCCUGGGACAGGGCGGAGGCGCAGGUGGUCCUGAGGAAGAAAUGUCUUCUGUAAAAAGAAGUCCAAAGCAAGAAAUAGUUACCCAGUUUCACUGUUCAGCUGCUGAAGGAGAUAUUGCCAAGUUAACAGGAAUACUCAGUCAUUCUCCAUCUCUUCUCAAUGAAACUUCUGAAAAUGGCUGGACUGCUUUAAUGUAUGCAGCAAGGAAUGGGCACCCAGAGAUUGUCCAAUUUCUGCUUGAGAAAGGGUGUGACAGAUCAAUUGUCAAUAAAUCAAGGCAGACUGCACUGGAUAUUGCUGUAUUUUGGGGUUAUAAGCAUAUAGCUAAUUUACUAGCUACUGCUAAAGGUGGGAAGAAGCCUUGGUUCCUAACGAAUGAAGUGGAAGAAUGUGAAAAUUAUUUUAGCAAAACACUACUGGACCGGAAAAGUGAAAAGAGAAAUAAUUCUGACUGGCUACUAGCUAAAGAAAGCCAUCCAGCCACAGUUUUUAUUCUUUUCUCAGAUUUAAAUCCCUUGGUUACUCUAGGUGGCAAUAAAGAAAGUUUCCAACAACCAGAAGUUAGGCUUUGUCAGCUGAACUACAAAGAUAUAAAGGAUUAUUUGGCCCAGCCUGAGAAGAUCACCUUGAUUUUUCUUGGAGUGGAACUUGAAAUGAAAGACAAGCUACUUAAUUAUGCUGGUGAAGUCCCGAGAGAGGAGGAAGAUGGAUUGGUUGCCUGGUUUGCUCUAGGUAUAGAUCCUAUUGCUGCUGAAGAAUUCAAGCAAAGACAUGAAAAUUGUUACUUUCUUCAUCCUCCUAUGCCAGCCCUUCUGCAAUUGAAAGAAAAAGAAGCUGGGGUUGUAGCUCAAGCAAGAUCUGUUCUUGCCUGGCACAGUCGAUAUAAGUUUUGCCCAACCUGUGGAAAUGGAACUAAAAUUGAAGAAGGUGGAUAUAAGAGAGUAUGUUUAAAAGAAGACUGUCCUAGUCUCAAUGGCGUUCAUAAUACAUCAUACCCAAGAGUUGAUCCAGUAGUAAUCAUGCAAGUUAUUCAUCCAGAUGGGACCAGAUGUCUUUUAGGCAGGCAGAAAAGAUUUCCCCCAGGCAUGUUUACUUGCCUUGCUGGAUUUAUUGAGCCUGGAGAGACAAUAGAAGAUGCUGUUAGAAGAGAAGUAGAAGAGGAAAGUGGAGUCAAAGUUGGCCAUGUUCAGUAUGUCUCUUGUCAGCCAUGGCCAAUGCCUUCCUCCUUAAUGAUUGGUUGCUUAGCUGUGGCAGUGUCUACAGAAAUUAAAGUUGACAAGAAUGAAAUAGAGGAUGCCCGCUGGUUCACUAGAGAACAGGUCCUGGAUGUUCUGACCAAAGGGAAGCAGCAGGCAUUCUUUGUGCCACCAAGCCGAGCUAUUGCACAUCAAUUAAUCAAACACUGGAUUAGAAUAAAUCCCAAUCUCUAAAUCUAAGAACUAAGCUUUGAGUAUUAUUUAAUAAUUUCUAAUAACACUCAUUCCUUAAGUGAUAUUAGAGAUUAUUCAGUACUCUUGAGAGUGUCACAACACAGAAUAUCAUGUUGGGUUUGGAAAUAGUUUCAAAAUGUUCUUCUGUCUUAAUCACAAAUUCAUAUUUUUACAAAUUACAAUAUUGCCUCAGGUUAUGUUAAAUCUGGGUCAGCCUUCUCUGAACUUUUUCUUUCUUCGUUGUUCUUCACAGUUUUAUCUCAGAAAACCAUUUUUCUAAUAACAGACAUCAUGUUGGAAAGAAGUAUGUUCUAGAAAUGUGCGUAAAUUUCACUGCCUCUUAUAAGCAUUAAAUUGAUGAUGAAGAAAGUUCUUGAUUUGAGAAAUGAAACAAAAAAUUUUAAUGAAUUUUUAGCUUGUAUUAGCUUGUAUUGAUUUUUUUGUCCUUUUGUUAUCUUUAAGUUGUCAGUAUCUGGUUUUUGCUCAUCUCCCCAUUGUAGUCCCACUUGCUCUUUCCUGGGGGUUCCAUUGUUCUAGCAGUGGAGGUGUUAUAGUGUGGCCACUUGUCUAAUUUGACCAGUGUUAAGAAUUUUCGAAUUUAAUAAUUAACUCUAAUAGAGAUUUCAGUACCACACCCUCCUGGAAGGAGAAAAGCAUACUAUUUUAUCUAGGACCUCUCUUUUAAACCUAAAAUUAAUUAACACAUCUACUUAUAUGUUACUUAUACCUAAAGCUGUUAUUAAGACAAAUCAAGAUUCUCUGCUUUUGCACUGAAAUUAAACUUGAAAGGAAUUCUCCUGAAAGGUCGGAUAUUAAAUAAGUCCCAGGCAGAUUUACAUAUUUAAUUGAAAACAUUGGCUUUAUUUCAUUUUGUGAUGAGUGAUGUAUCUGUGUUAGCAAAAAAUCGUAUAAUCAUUACCAAUAAUAUUUAUUAUUCUCAAAUAUAUCUUGGCUUUGACCUUAUUUCAACAUAUUCUAAGAAGCCUUGAUAAGUAUAUUUUAGAGCUGAAUCAGUAAGAUUCUAGAGAAAGCAAAACAUAGUACACAAUUUUGCAACAUAGAAAGUCACAUUUUAUAAGGCUAUUUUGAAAUUGAUUUAAUAGCUAUUAUAGUUUAUGAAUAUCAAAAUUUGUAUAAUUUGGAUCUUUACUAAUGAAAGCUAGCGCUGGAAGAGACCUCAAGGAUAAUAUAUGAAAUUAACUUUCCUUAUUUUAUAGAUAAGGAAAAAGAAAUUGUGAAAGGUGAAUUUACCUAAUUAGUGAAAGUUACAUAACUAAUUAAUUACAGCAGUCUGUACUAUAUAAUGCAGAGGAUGAUUCUCCCUAUAAUAGGAACUAGAAGCUAUUACUAAAAAUAUAUGUAGACAGAAUUAAAAGAAGGAAUGAUAAGAAUAAAUUUAACUUACAAAAUAUUGUUAAUUAAAAUUUUAGAUACUUAACAUUUAUUUAACUUAAGUAAUAGAUAACUUUGUCAGAUAAAACUUGAUUUUACUAAUGAGCAGUGAUUUUCUUAGGAAUUGAUGAAGGCUUAUUGGUAUCAAGAAUUUAGACCAAAUUAAAACUGACACAGGACAUUUAGAUACAUAAUAAAAUUCGAGCUACAUAAGUAUAUGGAAAAUAAUGUACCUUGAUUAUUAUGAAAUAGAGCGUCUUGAAAUUCAGUUUUACUCCAAAUGUACUUUUAAUACUUACAGAUUCUAAGAUUACAUUGUAAAAUUCCAGGUUGUCAUAAUGUUAAGAUAGGAAAGUAGAAUAUAAAGUAUCAACAAGUGUGGUUAUACGUUUUGUUUUAGAUAUUUAAUUCUUACUUGGGGAAAAAUCAACAUCUAAGUAAAUUAUUGUUUUAAUAACAACUUUAAAUUGCCAACCUCUGAGAGGUGAAAAGCUAUGUAAAUAGAAGGAAUGGCCAGUUCAAAAGAAUAGUAGACGUGGUAGUGCCAUGAAUGUAUUCUACUGGAAAUGAAUGUCAUAAUACAUUAAAUUUUUAAAAUUGA